AUGGCUGAACAACGCCCAGAUGCAAACGAUCCCGACCUGGAGAAAGAGGCAACACAGGAUGAAGCACCCAGGCUGGAGCUAUUCUCCGUCUUUACUGUCAACCAGAAAAGAGCGAUGGUGGCCACGGGCUCACUGGCGAGUUUCUUUUCUCCGUUGUCCUCGAGUAUCUACUUCCCCGCACUGGAUACAAUAGCGGGGGCACUCAACGUCUCUACUUCCAAAAUUGAUCUGACGGUCACAACCUAUUUGAUCAUGCAAGGCGUGGCGCCGACUUUGAUCGCAGGAUUCUCAGACACCGCUGGGAGACGACCGGCGUACAUCAUCUGCUUCACCAUCUACAUCGCCGCGAACCUUGGCCUCGGACUACAAAAUAACUACGGUGCUUUGCUUGGCUUACGAUGUCUUCAGAGUGCGGGAAGCAGUGGCACUGUGGCGUUGGCGAACGGGCUGGUGGGCGACCUGGUCACGUCGGCGGAACGAGGGACCUACAUAGCAUACGCCUCCCUCGGGAGCAUGCUGGGCCCUUCUUUGUCCCCGAUCAUCGGCGGCUUGCUCAGUCAGUAUCUGAACUGGCACUGGCUGUUCUGGUUUCUCCUCAUAUACUCGGGCGCUUUCUUCAUUCCCCUGUUGCUCUUCCUUCCGGAGACCUGCCGCAAGGUCGUUGCAGAUGGCUCGGUUCCCCCGCCUUUAUUCAAUCAGUCCGUGAGCGACGUGAUCCGACACCGAAAUCGGAAGGCGAAAGGCAAGGUCGUGGAGGAAGACAAAGUGGCUGAAGUGCGCAAGAACUACGCUUUUCGGAUUCCGUCUCCUAUGCCCACGCUGAGGGUGGUUGUCGACCUAGAAACCGCGUUCAUUCUUCUCGCGACAGGCGUGACGUUUGCCUGUUUCUAUGCCGUGAUGACGGGGGCCACCACUUCCUUCCAUAACGUCUACCACCUCAACAACAUCCAGACCGGGUUGAUGUACAUCCCCAUUGGGGCUGGAGGAAUCGCAUCGGCGUUCACGACCGGCCGUCUGAUGGACUGGAACUAUCGUCGACAUGCAACCCGAGUUGGCAUGCCUGUCAUCCGCAAUGUGCGACAGGACCUGACCAACUUCAACAUCGAACGAGUGAGGCUGGAAAUUGGUUUACCGAUGUUCUACACGUGUCUGGCGUCGAUGAUCGCCUACGGUUGGGUUCUUGGGCACAAGGUCAAUCUAGCGGUGCCUGUUAUCCUGCUCUUCAUCUCGGGCUGGAGUCUCAACGGCACGUCGCAAGUUCUGAACGCGAUGAUGGUCGACUUGUGGCCUGGACGGUCGGCAGCGGCAACCGCAGCCAGCAAUUUAUUCCGGUGUGAGCUGGGAGCUGCAGCUUCGGCGGCCAUUACACCCAUGAGUGAAGCGAUGGGACAAGGUUGGGCAUACACAACGUUGGGGCUAAUUUCAGUGGCCGUGUCGCCGACUAUGUGGGUGGUGAUGGGCAAGGGGAUCGAAUGGCGACAAAGACGGCUUCGCAGGGAGCAGGAGAGAAUGGCUCAAUCGUAA